AUCUCUUAUUUGAUUUAUCGUCCAUUAUGAGCACUCCUGCAUCUGGCGCACCAGGAAAAUUAUUCGACAUUGAGCUUACGGUCCAAUCUUCGGUCAUACCCUCAGUCUUUGAAUCUGGUCCUUGCGAAAAGUUUAAACCGAGUGCGGAUGGUCAUUCACAACGCUCCGUCCUAUUUUUUGUUCCUGAAAGUGUCCAAGGAAAGCAGAAUGUUCCCCUUUUGAUAGCUUUCCACGGCUCAACGGAAAACGGAUCUAUCUUCCGCAGUCGGACUACUGCUAUGGCUUACGAUAAACUGGCGGCCGAGAUGGGUUUUAUUGUAGCAUAUCCCAGUGGAUACAAAGGCAACUGGAAUGACUCACGGAAAGCAGCAGCGUAUCCGGCAAAGAUGGAAAACAUUGACGAUGUCGGAUUCACCACGUCAAUCAUUCAAUACUCUGCCAAGAAUUGGUCUACCUGCCCGCAGCGCACACUCAUCGCCGGUUAUUCCAAUGGUGGGCACAUGUGCUAUCGUCUUGCACUCGAGCUCGGGUCACGCUACAUUGCCGGAGUGGCUGUCCACUGCGCCAACCUUCCGACAGAAGAUAACUCGGAUUGUGCCACUCUUCUCAAUGAUGCUGUACCGAUUUGCAUUGUGAAUGGUACCGCAGACCCUGUGAACCCCUGGGGUGGUGGGGAAGUUACUCUGAGCCAUGCACCUGUUCCUGGAGGCUCAGUAGGGUCUCGUGGUUCGCAUCAGAGCGCGGUCGAAACGGCGGAUUAUUUUGCUGCUCGGUUUUUGGAUUUAGGUGUUGAACUCGAAUUGGAAGAAAUCGAGGACAUGGACGAGGUUCAGGAUGUUCGGCAGUUUCGUACCCCUCGCACCGACAAAGUUUACGUCAAGCUACUCGCCAUGAUCGGUGAAGGACACUAUGUUCCAGUUGCUAGUGGUGAAAAGAAAGCUUUGGUCAUUGGCCCUCGGCGCGGUGCUGUGCAUGCACCCCGUGAAGUCCUUCAAUUUUUCGCUGAAAAUACUAUGUGCUUCGAAGCCUCGUACCCAGAAAGCGAUGAGUGA